GUUGCAGCUGUAGAUUGGGAGGGUCAGACGGUGCUACACCUGGCAGCCAUGAAUGGGCACGAGGCGGUAGCGCGAGUACUACUACACAGGGGGGCCGACGCGGAAAUGGUAGGCUCUGAAGGAGAGACGGCGCUACACCAGGCAGCUGAGAAGGGGCGUAAUACGGUGGUACAACUAUUGCUUGAUAAGGGAGCAAAUGCCAUGGCGACGGAUAACACAGGA